UUUACUGAGAAAAAUGGUGACGUGUUCAAUACUUAUUUUACCCGCUGUAAGUCUUGUCUCAGUGAAAAGGAUACCUUUUUCAGGUAGUCAGUAAAAAAGGGUGUGUUUUCACCGAGUUGCCAGAUUGAAUGAGAAUAAAAACAGCUGGGUGAUAAACAUCGAGGCAGGGGAUGUGGAGGUUGAUGCUGAAUUGUUUAUCAGAUUAAAAAAAACUGAGGGGAAGAAACAAAGUGAGUUUGUGAAACAGCAAAACCUCAGCCGAAGGCUUCAGAACGUUUCCCCUUUAGCUGCGUGGCUUCAGUGUCAGACUGAUGUCGAGCCUCCAUCAGCAGAGGAUCAGCAGCUGAAGGAAACACCUGCGAACUUGAAAGAAAAUGAAUGUUUCCAUGAAGGAACAGAAGUUUGAGGGGUCAGAGUACAACUAUGUUGACACUGAAUCAAAUUUCACUGAAUUUUACGACCCUGAUGAUCUGGAGCAACCUUGUAAUUUCACUACGAACAACAGUGUGAAUCUUGUGAUUGGCCCUUACAUUCACUCCAUCAUCUCCAUCCUGGGCUUCGUGGGAAACAGCUUGGUGAUUAUCACCUACGCCCUCUACAAGAGGUCCAAAUCCAUGACUGACGUCUACCUGCUCAACGUCGCCAUCGCCGACCUGCUGUUUGUCCUCGCUCUGCCGUUCAUCGUCUACAAUGAGCUGUACUCGUGGCCGAUGGGGCAGGUGGCCUGUAAGCUGCUGCGUGGCUCCUACAGCGUGAACAUGUACAGCGGCAUGUUGAUGCUCGCCUGCAUCAGCACCGACCGCUACAUCGCCAUCGUCCAAGCUCGGCGCAGCUUCGGCUUGAGGUCGCUGUCGCACAGCUACCUGAUCUGCGCCUUCGUCUGGACGUUGGCCUUAGUGCUGUCCAUCCCCACCUUCGUCUUCUACGACUGGUACAAGCCAUCACACAGCGAGGCCUUCAUGCUGGAGCAAGAAGAAGAGAUUACCAAAGCUCAUCAGUACUUCUGUGAGAUGAGAUUUCAGGACAAUUUAACAGCCAAGACCGUUAAAGUGACCGUUCCCAGCCUUCAGCUUGCUGUAGGCUUCUUCCUUCCCCUGAUCAUCAUGAUGUUCUGCUACACCGCCGUCAUCGUCACUCUGAUGAAAGCCAAGAACUUCCAACGGCACAAAGCGGUUAAGGUGGUUCUGGUUGUGGUGCUGGUGUUCAUCACCUGCCACCUGCCGUACAACAUCCUGCUGCUGUACGACACCGCCAACAUGUUCCAACAAACUGGCUGUGACGAAGUGGACUCUGUGCAGACCGCACUGACGGUCAUGCAAACCAUCGCCUACCUGCACUGCUGCCUGAACCCGGUGCUGUACGCCUUCAUUGGGGUGAAGUUCAGGAACCACUUCAGGAGGAUCUUCCGGGACCUGUGGUGUGUGAGCAAGAAGUACAUGACGCCGCGCCGCUUCUCCAGGGUGACCUCUGACACCAACAUGUCCACGUUCCGCCGCUCGAUGGACGCGUCCAGUGAGACCGGCACGUCUUUCACCAUGUGAGGACUGAGCUUCAGACCAGACUCAUGUCUAUAGAGUAGUUUUAAAUCUCACUUUACUGUAAAUAUCAGGUUUUUCUAAUUAUUUAGAAGAAAUAGAAAGAUAAAACAUACUGCAGUUCCAAAAUUUGGUUUUGUUGAUUGUUGCUUUAAUUUCAUUAAGAUGUGGACUGUACUUAUCUGUGUACUUUAUACUGCAGAAAGAUGUGGACUGUACUCAUCUGUGUACUUUAUACUGCAGAAAGAUGUUUGAAGUGAUGGAAGUUUGACUCGGGGUGGUUUGUAGAACUCAUUCAGUGACGUCAUCAAGACUGUACCCCGAUGAAGGGCGUUCUGUCCUGUAUUUCAUACAGAUACAUGUAUUUAACCCAGUGUUUAUUCUGUUAUGCAUGUAGAUAUUUUCAGACAAAAGUUAGGAUGAGACUCUCAUAUUAAUCAGAUUGGAUUAAACAUACUUAAACCUGGUUUUAUCUGAGGUCUGAAAUGUCCAUUAUCCUUAUUUUUUCUAUUUACUCACUGAGCACCAGUAGUUAGACAUGACUGAAUCAUCUGAUGCUUUUAUUUUGAAACAAGCUCUGCACAAUACAACACAAAGCAGCUGAGACAUCCACAGAACAAGUUCAGAAACAUGAGGAACCAGUGAUUCUAUAGCUAGACUCCGAUUCCCCUGUUUAUGGCGCCCUCUAUGGAUGGAACCCUAAUCAAAGAGUCUGAGGUUUAGUCAGCUCUAAUCUUUCCUGUAAAAUACUGACUAAUGAUUUUAACUUUUAAAACUGAACCUGCUUUUUGAACACAGUCUGAGGUAAAAUCCCUGAUUUGUACUUUUAUUUUCUCUAAAUAAAAGUGUUGGUUGUGAAAUCUUUAA